AUGAGCCUUCGGCAACGGCACGCGCCCUCCGCCCCUCCUGCCCCCCGCGGUGGCGCCAGCGCCGAGGCCACCGACGAUGAGGCCUACAACAUCCUCCCUGUCCACAACUUGCUGGCCGACCACCCCGCCCUCCGCUUCCCCGAGGUGCGUGGCGCGGCCGCCGCCCUCCGCACUGUAGGCGAGCUCCGCCCCCCGCCCUACACCCGAUGGCGCUCCGACCUCGACCUCAUCGACUGGCUUGCGGCCUUCUUUGGUUUCCAGGCCGACAAUGUUCGGAACCAGCGAGAGCACCUCAUUCUUCUCCUUGCAAACUCUCAGAUGCGCAUUCAACCCCCUCCUGAUGAUAUUGAUCGCCUCCAUGCCAGUGUUCCCAACAAGUUGAGACGCAAGCUCUUGAAGAACUACUCAUCGUGGUGCUCGUUCAUGGGGAGGAAAUCGAACGUGUGGAUCUCAGAUCGGCCGCUGAGGCUCGGCCCUAGAAACCCUAGACCUGAUGAUGUGCGUCGGGACCUGUUGUAUGCGGCCCUGUAUCUUCUCAUUUGGGGAGAGGCGGCAAACCUCAGGUUCAUGCCGGAGUGCUUGUCCUACUUAUUUCAUCAGAUGGCCAUGGAGCUUAACAGGAUCCUUGAGGAUUACAUAGAUGAGAACACGGGGAGGCCGGCCAACCCUGCUUACAUGGGCGAGAAUGCAUUUCUCAACCAUGUGGUUGGGCCUUUGUACCAGACGGUGAAGGCGGAGGCCUAUGCCAGUCGAAACGGCAAGGCUCCACACUCAGCUUGGCGAAACUAUGAUGACCUCAAUGAGUUUUUUUGGGACCGGUCGUGUUUCGAGUGCCUUGGCUGGCCCCUCAAACGCGAUAGCGCAUUCAUGCUCCUCCCCGAUGCAUCAUCGGCCCCUCGUGUUGCUGUCGCUGCCCCUCUAACUGAAGAGGCUCCACGUGUUCGGCGCAGCAAGGUCGGUAAGACCGGCUUUGUUGAACAGAGGUCAUUUUGGAACCUUUUCCGCAGCUUCGACAGGAUCUGGGUGAUGCACAUUUUGUUUUUCCAAGCCGCCCUCAUCGUGGCAUUGGAAGGGUCAACAUUUCCAUGGCAGGGAUUGAGGAGACGGGAUGUGCAGGCACGCGUGCUCAGUGUGUUUAUAACCUGGGCUGGGCUCCGGUUACUCCAAUCGGUGCUUGAUGCUGGCACUCAGUACAGCCUUGUGCGUGGUUCUCUGUUGCUCGGUGUGCGUAUGGUCCUCAAGAGUUUAGCUGCUGCCGCUUGGACCGUGGCAUUCAUCGUGUUAUAUGUGCGAGCAUGGAACCAACACAACACUGAUCGCGGGUGGUCAGCGACGGCCAACCGGAUGCUGGUCAAUUAUUUGGUGGCAGCCCUUGCGUUCUUAGCCCCUGAAAUUCUUGCCCUGGUUCUCUUCAUAGUCCCAUGGGUGAGGAACUUUAUGGAGAAGACUAAUUGGAAGAUCUUCUAUUUGCUUACAUGGUGGUUUCAGAGCAGGAUCUUUGUGGGUCGGGGGCUUCGAGAAGGGGUGGUUGAUAACAUUUCGUAUGCUCUGUUUUGGGUUUGUGUCUUGGCUUCGAAAUUCUCCUUCAGCUACUUCCUUCAGAUCAAGCCCAUGGUUAACCCCACUAAAGCAAUCCUGAAACUCAAUCGAAUCAAUUAUACAUGGUAUGAAUUCUUCAACAGCGGGAAGGUUUUUGCAGUUGGGUGCCUAUGGGCCCCUGUGGUUCUGAUCUAUCUCAUGGAUAUACAGAUCUGGUACUCAAUUUUCUCAUCUUUUGUGGGUGCUUUGGUUGGGUUGUUUUCACAUUUGGGCGAGAUUCGAAACAUCCAGCAGCUGAGGCUGAGGUUCCAAUUCUUUGCAAGUGCAGUUCAGUUCAAUCUUGUGCCUGAGGAGCCCCUCUUCAACACUCCUGGCACUUUGAGGGUAAAAUUCAAUGACGCAAUCAGGAGGUUAAAGCUUCGAUAUGGUCUCGGUCGCCCCUACAAGAAGCUUGAGUUUAACCAGAUGGAGGCGAACAGGUUUGCGAUCAUAUGGAAUGAGAUCAUUGAGAAAUUUAGAGAGGAGGACAUCGUUUCAGACAGAGAGGUCGAGCUUUUGGAGGUGCCAUCUCUUUCAUGGAAUGCUAGGGUCACUGGAUGGCCAUGUCUUCUCCUUUGCAAUGAGCUUCUUCUCGCUUUGAGCCAGGCAAAGGAGCUACAGGCCGGUGACCGCACCCUAUGGCGCAAAAUUGGCAAAAAUGAGUACAGGCGAUGUGCGGUGGUUGAGGCCUAUGACUCUUCAAAAUACAUGCUCUUGAGGAUAGUGAAGGAGGGAACUGAUGAACAUUCUAUUGUUGAGAACCUGUUCCGAGAGGUUGACGCGUCUAUCCAGGUCGAGAAGCUCACUGAGAGCUAUCACAUGGCUGAGCUCCCCGAGAUCCAUUCUAAGCUCAUACAACUGCUCGUCCUCAUAAAUGGUAAGAAACCUGACGUCCAAAAGGCGGUCACCAUACUUCAGAGCCUUUAUGAUAUAGCAAUCAGGGACUUCCCUAGGAAAAAGAGGAGCAUUGAGCAAUUACGUCAAGAUGGCUUGGUACCAUCAAGGCCGAGCAUUGGUGGUUUAUUAUUCGAGAAUGCGAUUGAACUUCCUGACUCAGAUUCACAUCCGGACUUUUACCGAAGGGCUAGGAGGCUGCAAACCAUACUCACCUCUCGAGACUCUAUGAACAAUAUCCCCCGAAACCUUGAGGCUCGACGUCGAAUAGCAUUCUUCAGCAAUUCCCUGUUCAUGAACAUGCCUCGUGCCCCCCAAGUCGAGAGGAUGCUCGCCUUCAGUGUGCUCACCCCUUACUAUGAUGAGGAUGUCAUAUAUAAUAAGGAACAGUUGCAUAUAGAGAAUGAAGAUGGCAUCUCGAUAUUAUUCUACCUUCAAAGGAUCUUCCCUGAUGAGUGGCUUAACUUCCUCGAGCGCAUGCGAAGGGAAGGCAUGAAAGACCAAGGUGAGCUAUGGGGUGAAAGGGUUCGGGACUUGCGCCUUUGGGCCUCUUAUAGGGGCCAGACACUUGCUCGUACAGUUCGUGGGAUGAUGUAUUAUUACAAGGCUCUUGAGAUGCUUACUUUUCUUGAUUCAGCUUCUGAAAUGUCUCUUAGAGAUGGGUUAAGGGACUUGGUUUCAGCGGCUUCAAGCAUGCCACGUGAAGAGGAGGAGAGCUCCUCUGCGGUGCCGUUGCGUCGUCUUAGCAGGGAGAGCAGUAGUGUGAGCUCACUGUUCAAGGGCCACGAGUAUGGGACUGCACUCAUGAAGUUCACAUAUGUUGUUGCGUGCCAGAUAUAUGGAGCUCAGAAGGCAAGGAAGGAGGCUCGUGCUGAAGAUAUACUGUAUCUAAUGAAGAACCAUGAGGCCUUGCGUGUGGCCUAUGUCGAUGAGGUGCUUGCGGGGAGGGAUGAGGUCGAAUACUAUUCAGUGCUUGUAAAGUAUGAUAGGCAGUUGCAGAGGGAGGUUGAAAUUUAUAGGGUACGACUCCCUGGGCCUGUGAAGAUCGGGGAGGGCAAGCCUGAGAACCAGAACCACGCUCUCAUCUUCACAAGAGGAGAUGCAGUCCAGACCAUUGAUAUGAACCAGGACAAUUACUUUGAGGAGGCACUCAAGAUGCGAAACCUGUUGCAGGAGUAUACAAAGAACUAUGGGAUCAGGAAGCCAACUAUAUUGGGGGUGCGUGAGCAUGUUUUUACGGGCUCAGUGUCCUCGCUUGCUUGGUUCAUGUCAGCACAAGAGACGAGCUUUGUCACUUUAGGUCAGCGGGUGCUUGCAAAUCCAUUGAAAGUGAGAAUGCACUAUGGGCACCCCGAUGUGUUUGAUCGGCUCUGGUUCUUGAGCCGUGGGGGCAUCAGCAAGGCCUCAAAGGUCAUCAACAUCAGUGAAGAUAUCUUUGCAGGGUUCAAUUGCACACUUAGGGGCGGCAAUGUGACUCACCAUGAAUAUAUUCAAGUGGGUAAGGGCCGAGAUGUUGGGUUAAACCAGAUAUCCAUGUUUGAGGCCAAGGUGGCCAGUGGCAAUGGCGAGCAGGUUUUAAGCCGAGAUAUUUACAGACUAGGCCAUCGUCUCGACUUCUUUCGUAUGCUCUCUUUCUACUACACGACUGUUGGAUUCUUCUUCAAUACAAUGAUGGUGGUCCUCACUGUCUAUGCCUUCCUUUGGGGACGCCUCUACAUGGCCCUUAGUGGUAUAGAGGCGGCCAUCAUGGUUGAUGCUGAUUCCACAAAUAACACAGCCCUUGGCACUGUGUUAAACCAGCAGUUCAUAAUACAGCUUGGUCUCUUCACUGCGCUCCCCAUGAUCAUUGAGAACUCGCUCGAGCAUGGUUUCUUACAAGCUAUUUGGGAUUUUAUUACAAUGCAGUUGCAGCUUGCCUCAGUCUUCUACACAUUCUCGAUGGGCACCCGAACUCACUUUUUUGGGCGCACUAUCCUACAUGGGGGUGCCAAGUAUAGGGCCACUGGUCGGGGCUUUGUUGUUCAGCACAAAAACUUUGCGGAGAACUACCGGCUUUAUGCUCGCAGCCACUUUGUGAAGGGCAUUGAGCUUGGGGUCGUACUCACAGUCUAUGCCUCGUAUAGUGUGGUGGCCGCGAAUACCCUUGUGUACAUUAUCAUGACCCUCACAACUUGGUUCCUCGUGGUUUCAUUUAUCAUGUCCCCCUUCUUAUUCAACCCCUCUGGGUUCGACUGGUUAAAAACUGUGUACGACUUUGAUGACUUUAUGAACUGGAUUUGGUACACUGGUGGGGUUUUCACAAAGGCUGAGCAGAGCUGGGAAACUUGGUGGUAUGAGGAGCAGGACCAUCUGAAGACCACAGGCAUAUGGGGCAAGGUCUUAGAGAUAAUAUUGGACUUGCGAUUCUUCUUCUUCCAAUACGGGAUUGUUUACCAUUUGGGCAUAGCAGGGGGAAGCAAGAGCAUCUUUGUGUACCUCGUUUCUUGGAUAUAUGUGGUGGUGGCAGUCGCUUACUAUGUUGUGAUGUCUUAUGCUCGGGAUAAGUAUGCGGCCAAGGAGCACAUAUACUAUCGCUUGGUUCAGGCCCUGGCGAUUUGCCUCUUUGUUUUGGUCAUCAUCGUCUUGCUGAGGUUUACAAAAUUCAAGUUCAUUGACAUGCUCACAAGUUGCUUGGCAUUCAUACCAACUGGGUGGGGCCUCAUAUUGAUUGCUCAGGUUCUAAGGCCAUUUUUGCAGCCAACUCCUGUUUGGGGCACGGUGGUGGCAGUUGCUCGCUUAUACGAUAUACUGUUUGGUGUGAUUGUGAUGGCACCCAUGGCUCUGUUUUCGUGGUUGCCAGGGUUCCAGGCAAUGCAGACGAGGAUACUGUUCAAUGAGGCAUUCAGCAGGGGCCUCCAGAUAUCACGUAUCCUUGCGGGAAAGAAAUCAAGGGUAAACUCCUGAGUUGAGGUUUGUACAUGAAAUUGGCGUAGUUGGAGAUAUUUGUAGUUUCAAUUUGGGGUCUGUGUGUUCCUGUAUCAUCGGUUGUGCUCAUUUCAGUUUGCCAUCUUUUAUUUUAGAGACUGGAGAUCCCCAAUACAUUUAGUACAUUACACUAGAUUGAGGAACCUAUCUUUUUCCAUUCGUGUAUCAUUAAUUUUUAACCCCUUUGUGUAUAAGUUCUUGUUUUGAGCAAUUGAUUGUCCCAUUUCUUCUUGAUUUCAUGCUGCAAAUUGGGUCAUGUUUUUCUUCCAGGUCUUGUUAUUGGCGUCCCAUAUGAACUCCUUUUAGCAAUGAAAAAUUUUAAGCACAUGCCCCCA